AUGGAUAUGAGCACUGUCAAACUCCCGAAUGAGCCGCGAUGGGAUACCGAACUUUGGGAGUUCCAAAACAACCUCCGCCGCGCUCGAAACCAAAAAGGCCAACGGCCCAACCCGCGUGAUCGGUACUCGCGUGCCCAACUCAUUCAAGAUCAAUUGAACUUUCAACCCAACCUUGGCGAAUCGAGGUAUAGAGGGGGAACACAGACCUUUGACGACGUACAGGUAACUUAUAUCUUUCACCGCUUUCCGCCAUCAGUCGCGCCCUUGAAAAGUCUUAAAAAGACUUAUAUCGAUAAUCUACUUUUGGAAACGAAUCACCGCGGGGAGUAUGUGGUCCUAAGGACGAUUACACCAUCUACGAGAUUGACGGCGGUUAUGUCUGCCGUGGAAGAUGAGACUGGGGCGUGUGAUCAUCUGCAGAUAUAUAACAUGAAUCGAGAUUUGCAUCCAAAGAAAAUACUACCAGAGGGGCAGGUUGUGAUUAUCAAGGAGCCAUUUUAUAAGAUGAAUCUAAAUAGGGGGACAGGCAUUCGGGUAGAUCAUGUGUCAGAUGUUAUAUUCCUCGAUCCUAAUGACGAUCGUAUUCCAAUAAAAUGGCAACCAAGUGUGAAGUCCCCUGGGAAAACUCCUGUUGAUUGGAAAGAGGAGGGGAAUGCUUAUUAUAAAAGCAAAAAGUUUUAUGAAGCUAUUGAAUGUUACACCAAAGUUAUUAAUAUGGUCCCGGAUGAUGCUGCCUUAGCUAAGGCUUCACGACUCAAUCGCUCGAUAUCAUACUGCUCCACCGACUUUCAUGAGAGAGCUGUCGAAGAUGCGGAACAUGUUCUAAAAGACGAUCCUACCAACGAGAAGGCCUUAUUCCGUGCAGCGAAAGCUCUUUACCAAGGUCGAAGGUUCACGGAGUGCAAAGCCUAUAUCACCACUCUCCUCAAAACAUACCCCCCAAAAAAAGAAACUAAGGCAUUUCUUCUUAAAAUAGAUAAACGGUUAUAUGAAGAACGCACCGGCCAAUAUGAUUUUGAAAAGAUGAGGCGUCUCACUGGGAUUGAAAGGAAGAAUGAAGCGGUUAAACUUGACUACGCUGAUUUUAUAGGUCCCGUGGAAAUUCAAGACACUGUAGGCAAGGGGAGAGGACUUUUUACGACUAAGGAUGUCAAAUGUGGGGAGCUCUUGCUCUGCACCAAAGCUUUUGAGACCUGUUAUAGUCACUUGGAGGGCCACUCAAUUUCUAUCGAUAUGGUGGAAAAUAGGGUUGAAAGAGAAUGCGGAGAUGUGGUGACCGCGAAAAUUAUCCAGAAGAUAUAUAACAAUCCAUCUACGUCAAAGGCGUUUUUGGACCUCUAUACAGGAGCGUAUGGAGGUGUGAAAGAAUGUUUUGUUGAUGGAAGGCCUAUUGUUGAUACGUAUAGCUCACCAGACUACUAUAUCUCUGUAUUGGAAUGGUUCCGGGUGUACCAAACCCAACGUUUGAACAAUUUCUCCUGUCCAAUAAUCAGCACUGCAAGCCAUGCUUACUUGACAGGACAUAAGAACGGUUGUGGUCUCUGGAUCACACCAUCUUACAUAAACCAUGCGUGUUGGAGCCCUGGUACAGUUAUUCGAUCCUUCAUCGGGGAUAUGAUGCUUGUAAGAGCUGGAGGCGACAUCGAAAAGGGUGUAGAGAUAACGUUCUCAUACCUGAACCCUGGCGACAUCAAUAAACGUCGGCGCUCCUGUUUCGACAAUUGGAAAUUUAUAUGUGAUUGCUGUCUCUGUGCGGUCGAAGAGCUGGAAACCGAGGCUGAUCGAAGGCGCCGUGGUGGAAUCCUUAUGAAGAUUCUCGAAUUCGAAAAGUUGCUUGAGAACCCACAUCCCAGGGUUUUGAUAAGCUCUUUGCCCAAGCUCGUCCUACUUGUCGAGUCGCUUGAGAAAACAUAUAAAAGACCAUCCGCCGAGCAACCUCGGCAUAUCUUGGCUCGUGGCCUGUUGGCUCUUGGUAAAAUAUAUCGGGAGCUCAAGAGUCACGAGUUGUUCAUCGAAACUACGAAGAGUUUGGUGACAGCAUUGGCUUUCGAUAUGGAGGAAGAUAUGGAGCGGGGCAAGGUUUCGUUCAGAAAGUAUGGAGAUAUGUCCGCGGGAAGUGAUCUCUCAGACAACUUUGCUCAAAUUGCCGAUGCGUAUUUUAUGCUAAACAACCCUCUGUUGUUUGGGGCCUACAUAGAGAUUGCAGCUCAGUUUCACGAACUUUAUGUUGGUGAGAGAGAGAGCUUUUUAAAUUUGGAUCAGGAAACAAUGCACGUAGCUAGUUAA